AUGGACAAAGAUUGCCUCAGAGAUAUUGUAUGUUCACAUAACAACGAAAUGCUUGAAUACGUUUUAGAAAGAAAUAUUUUUACAUAUAAAGAUUUCGAUGGAGAAAACUCCAAUUCAACAGCUAUUUACGAAGAUAUUAUCAAAUACCAAAACCUGAAAGCUGUAUUUCUUCUUUUCGAAAGAGAGAAAAACUUCAUAGUUCCAUGGUGUGCUGCAUUUCCUCAAACAAUAGAUAUUCUCAAAAAUGAAAAACUUCCUGAUAAAAUUGAUUUUAAGAAAAGAAAUAUUCUACAAUAUGCAUGCAUGUCACAAAAUUCCGAUAUCUUCAAACUUUUAUUUACCUCAACUGAUAAAAUUGAUGUAAAUUAUCAUGAUUUAGAUAAAAUGACUGCUCUUCAUUUCGCUGCAAUGUAUCAUAAUAUAGAUGCAGCAAGAAUUCUUAUUUCACAUGGAGCUGAUGUCAAUGCUAAGAAUAUUCUUUUUCAUUUCACAUCAAUCAUUAUUUAA